AUGCCCACCAUGGCUGACCCGUCACACCGGCGGGCGAGCUACCUCGCAGCCCCACUCGCGGCUCACUCGUCGCAGGAGAAGCGAAGGCAGUUGGCGCUCGAGGCGCAGAAGCAGAGGCGGACUCAUGCCAUCGAAGCGGCUCGAGCCUCGUUCAGAGAGCUCGACCCGAUGGAAGACCUCUCCCUCGACGCUUCCUCCGCCUCGGAAGAAGAGUACGCCCCAGCUCCACCGACCGCACACUCUCCUCCUCCUCCGACAGGCGAAGCUAUCGCGGCAAAGAUCUCAAAGACGAAGCGCAAGGCCUACAAGCCGAAAUUCAAGAGUUGGGCAAAGAACCUGCUUAGCUACGCCGAAACGCUCGACUUGCGGUACUCGUUGCCGGCUGGGUUGGAGAACGAGUGGCGGGCGGUGGUCGUGCCGAAGGGGAAGCGGUGCUUGUGCGCAACGGCGAGUGAUCAGGCCGGGAACAACACAAUCCUGUACAGCCGAGUCGCAGGCCGAGCACUCGGUCGCUUCAACACGCAGCUGCCGCCAGACUGUCUUCUUGACGCUAUCUGGGAUCCCGACCUGGCGAUCCUCUGGAUCCUCGACCUGUGCAAAUGGCGCUCGACGUACUUUGUCGAAUGCGAAGCGGAGAUGCGAGCCUUCUUCCUCUCCUCGAAACUCGCUGAGCUUCCGACACAGCCUUACGUUCCGCCGACCGUCGAGAUCCCUCCCGGUACGACCAACGCACGGCCCUUACUUGUCCUCCCCGCUCCUUCACACGCCCCGCCUCUCACGCCCCCGACCCUCUCGCCCCUCCUUUCAGCCCUCUCCGGUCCGUCUCCACCCGCACAGUCAAUACCCGUUGAAGUCUUCUUCCCCUCCGACCCCUCCGACACCACCCAGCUCUUCCCAACGCAAGUCGACAUCCCCCUCCACCCGACCGGCCUGCUCCUCUAUCUCUCCCAUGCGCACUACGAAUCCGGCUCGACUCCGCUCGUCAGUUGGGUGCCUUGUAGUCCGAAUGUGGAGAGGGGGAUGGAGCGGGGAGAGGGAGUCGAGAGGAUGAGGGAGUUGGUGGAGGAGUGGGCGGUGAGAGGCGGAUCGGUGGCGGUCGUUACGGGCGAUGGGGGAGCGGGCGGGUCGCAGGAGGUAGCGAUGAGCCCGUUCGUGGGGUGA